CCGCCCGCCUCCUUCUUUCCCAGCUUAGGCUCGGCCACCAGCUCCGGCCUCGGCUCCCCCUCCCGGCGCCCCCUCCCCGCAGCGGAGCCCACCCGCAGACCCCUGAGCAGCCCCCCAGCCCCGCCGCCCGGCCCGCGCUGCAGCCCCGAGGGGCAGCCCCCCGCCAACCUGCCUCCCUGCAGCCCAGCCCUGCCAGAGCCCCCCAACCAUGAAUCUCUUCCGAUUCCUCGGAGACCUCUCCCACCUCCUAGCCAUCAUCUUGCUUCUGCUCAAAAUCUGGAAGUCCCGCUCGUGUGCCGGGAUUUCGGGAAAGAGCCAGGUCCUGUUCGCCGUGGUGUUCACUGCCCGCUAUCUGGACCUCUUCACCAACUACAUCUCCCUCUACAACACGUGCAUGAAGGUGGUCUACAUUGCCUGCUCGUUCACCACGGUGUGGAUGAUCUACAGCAAGUUCAAAGCCACUUACGAUGGGAAUCAUGACACGUUCCGGGUGGAGUUCCUGGUCGCGCCCACAGCCAUCCUGGCGUUCCUGGUCAACCACGACUUCACUCCACUGGAGAUCCUCUGGACCUUCUCCAUCUACCUGGAGUCGGUGGCCAUCCUGCCACAGCUGUUCAUGGUGAGCAAGACGGGCGAGGCAGAGACCAUCACCAGCCACUACCUGUUCGCGCUGGGGGUCUACCGCACCCUCUAUCUCUUCAACUGGAUCUGGCGCUACCACUUCGAGGGCUUCUUCGACCUUAUAGCCAUCGUGGCCGGCUUGGUCCAGACGGUCCUGUACUGCGACUUCUUCUACCUCUACAUCACCAAAGUCCUCAAGGGGAAGAAGCUCAGCUUGCCGGCCUAACCCUGGUUCCCCGGAGCAGACAGAGGAAGGUGACUGGCUCCAGCCUUCCUGUCCAGGGGCGACUUUUUAAAAGACCCGGCCUCCCCCUUCACCCCACUCCCCCUCCUGCUGGUUUUGGGGGAUAGUGGGGGACCCACAUUUCUCGGGGAGCUCAGGACCUGGGCUUGUUUGUAGUUUUUUGCCUUUUAGAGAAGAAAAAGAAGAAAAAAAAAAUCUUUCCACUGUUUAGUUUUUGAUUCUGAUGACACCCCUCUCUCUCUUCUACGCUGCCCCCAUUUUUAUAAACUUUCCCUAGUGGCCUGGGGUCGGGCGUCAAGCCCUGGCCCGCCCCUGAGCCCUGGGGCUCCUCUUUGCACCCUAUACCCCCGAGUCAGCCCCACCAGUUGCCAAACAAACACUAAAUCUGCCGGCCCCCCCCCCCCACACACACACACUGUGCCCCCACCCCCAGACUUUGGGGCUGGAGACAGGGAGGGGGAAGGGCACUCUUAAAUUUUUUUCCCCUCAAUAAUUCUUUUCCCUCAGAGUUUGGGUUCUUUGAUUCUUAUCCUGGUAUUUUUGGCAAUUUGGGGGUGGGGGUGGGGAUAGGGGUAGGGCAUGGGAGGGGCCAACUUGGGGGGGGGGUCACCGCUAUGCUACCACCAUGUUUUUGUACAGAAUUGAUGGUUGAUUUCUUUAUUCUCUUGAAAUAAACCGAGGAAGAUGACACCUCUCUUUCGAUA